CGUUCGCAGCCUAGCAGCAGAAAGACGGCGUAAACAAAGUAGCCAGCUAUACAUCAGCUAAUGCUACGUAUCUAUAUUAUUUAGCGAAAAGGAUUAAAGGUAGCUGUAUUGGCGUUUUAAAAUGCUAUUUGAUUGUCGAGCAAACCCUAGAUGUCUAUGGUAUGAGACUCAUGAAUGUGGUAAGACGUAAAAUAAUACCGUUAACAAGGUACCGUUAUUGCUGGCUACAUUAGCAGUAGCUAACCUUAGGUAACGGGCCAGAUUUUGCAUAUCUGAAAUCGGAAUCUGUUAUUUGAGAUAACAUUUAUCUAUAACGCACGGUGGCAGUAACGUGAUUCGUCUCUGCCGAUAAGCCCCUGUCCCUAAAGUCAGCUAACGAUAAUGCUACUGUGAGUUGUCUCACUAUGUAGCUUAUGUAGGUUAAGGAUCGAUCAGCUGGCUAAACGCUCCUGGCUGGAUGAUCGCUUGAUUGCAGUCAUCUAGACUUGGAUUGCGAUGUUUAGCCUGAUGGCGAAUUGCUGUAACUGGCUGAAACGUUGGCGAGAGCCCGCGAGAAAGGUGACUCUGGUCAUGGUGGGACUUGAUAAUGCAGGGAAGACAGCCACUGUACGAGGAAUUCAAGGAGACAAUCCUCGUGAUGUCGCUCCUACAGUCGGCUUUUCCAAGGUUGACCUGAAACAGGGUAAAUUCGAGGUGACCAUCUUUGACCUAGGCGGCGGCAAACGAAUCCGGGGCAUCUGGAAGAACUAUUACUCAGAGUCACAUGGUGUGGUGUUUGUGGUGGACUCCAGUGAUGUCCAGCGCAUCCAGGAGACACGAGAAACCAUGGCUGAGGUUCUUCAACACCCUCGCAUCUCUGGCAAACCAGUGCUAGUGCUUGCCAACAAACAGGACAAAGAUGGAGCCCUGGCUGAAGCAGACAUCAUUGAGAACCUGUCCUUAGAGAAGCUUGUUAACGAGAACAAGUGUCUCUGUCAAAUUGAGCCGUGCUCUGCUGUGCUGGGCUACGGCAAAAAGGUGGACAAGUCAAUCAAGAAGGGGCUAAACUGGCUCCUCAGCAAUAUUGCCAAAGACUACGAGGCCAUCGCUGAGCGCGUGCAGAAGGACACGGCGGAGCAGCGAGCUCAGGAAGAGCAGGACAAGAAGGAGCGGGCAGAGAGAGUACGGCAGAUACGAGAAGAGAGGGAACGAAAGGAGCGAGAAGAGGCAGAGCGAGAGGGCAGGCCGAUCCAGGAAGAGGAGCCUGAUGAUGAGAACAUGCCUAGCCCUUUCCAGCCAAUAGGAAACCUGGUGUCUGAGAACGAGGAUAAGGAAAAGGAGAGGAAGAGGCCAAGAGAGCUGCAGGAGGGCAGAGCCAACAGCCCGAAGGCAGAUGGUGAUCAAGAGGAAGAGGAGUAUGAGGAGGAAAAUGAUGAAGAACCAGAGGAUAUCAGACGAACGCCAGAAAAUACUGGUUCAGCGUCUGCAGGCGAGCAGAGCAAGAAGAAGACGAGGAAGCUGCACCUGAAGAGGAAGCACCGGGUGGACCCGCUCAGAACAGAGGAGGGGCCAGUAGAGAGCCCCACCCCUCCACCUCCUCCAGUGGGAUGGGCGACUCCCAAAGUCUCUAGACUGCCGAAACUAGAACCGCUCGGGGACUUGACACAUUCUGAGUUUUACAAGAAGCCUCUCCCGCCUCUUGCGAACAGGAUGCGGCCUAAUGGCGACACACACGACGUCAUCUUUUAGCCUCCUUUACUGAUUCGAGGCUGAUUCUCCACCAAUCACGGCUCUCCUCUUUUUUAUUUAUUUAUUUUUUUGCUUUCUGUCUCAAGCGAGCAGCGUGUAGCCAGCCGAACGUGUCGGCAACUAGACUCGGGACGCGGGAGCUGGAGAGCGCUGAAGUGCAACGGACACGAAAUAGAGCGGCAACGCGGGAAAUGAAGUCCUGCUGAGGAGCUGUUAUGUUCUCACAAACUGACACGACGCAGCGUGAGACGUUAAACCUUCCUGGAGCCAUUUUUGUCAGGUCCUGUCUUAACUCCACAAACUGAACUGAAAGCUUAUGUUUUAUAGGUAAUGUCAGUGUUUGACAGGUGGUGUUCCCGAUGUGUCCAAUGGAAGCGCUCUUAAUUGAAAAAGAAUGUAAAUAUGUUUAUUAUAAACUUUUAUAUGUUGCAACUUUUACUGAAUUAUGGAUUUGUAUACACACCGGCAUUAAAGGACAGUAAUUUUAUUCAUUUAUACUUUAUAGUGGGUGAAUUUGGUGCAAAAGGCAAAUGUCUUAAGUGGCUUUUCACAGUUGAGUGCUUUACAUUUGAUCAAAAGUUCCCUUUAUUACAUCACUGGUGCAAAAUGAGGAUGAAUCACUGCUUAAAUGGUUGGAGGAACGCUGCACUACGCUGUACUGUAUAGAGAGAAAGAAUGACACUACAUCAUGAACCUCAAUGGAUCAAUUUCACUAAAAAUUUCUUUCUCCUGAAGCUAAAUGUUUUUAUGACCAUGGAAAGACUGAAAGGAAGUAUUUUUGUGUUCUUGUCAGCAAUGUCUUCAAAAGAUCUUGUCUUUUUUAAAUUCUUAUUAAAAAUGUAAAUGUAUGAAACCAAUCUGACCUUUUCCACAUUCUGCUGUUUACACUGUGUAUCAGUUUUUAAAGUGAUACUUCUCUUGUGGCAGGAUUCAGGCUGCUGCCCCAAGGUAUGAACCAAACUGUUCCAGAUUGUUAGAUUUCUGUCUUCUGCUCUCAUUCAUUCUUUGGAAAAGAGAAAAAAGCUUAAAAUAACCAAAACGGCAUCUACAAAAAACAGAGACACAAAUCUUGGGAAAGAAAAGAAACACAGAUUGUGCUGUUGGAGUGCGGCACUGGCCCAGUUUUACCCGUUUGCAGUGGGAUGAUGAGGGAGGGGAAAGUAUCUCAACACUGACACCUGGAUCAGCCGAUAUUGGGUCAGAACACAUGAGAAUAUGUGCAGCUUAUGAAAUAUCACUUUAAAUCCACUAGAUUGUAUUUGCCAUCGAUGGUACUGCUUUCUGUCUUGGUAAUAAGGUACAUAUAUAUAAUAUUUUUUCUACCCAGUUAAAAUUUUUUAAGAGCUCAAUUAAAGAUGUUUUAAAUACAAUAA